CGAAUUAAGCAAGUCUUGAAGAGCCUUGUGUGGGUGGUCGGUAUUCGCUGCAGGGCUUCGCGUGCAUGUGCAUGUGGGCGCUUAACAUGACCACGCCGCAGAGGAGAACGCACAGCCUCGCUAACUUGGCAUUCUCAGAUUGGAUGGAGGCCUCGAGGUUUGCGAUUGUAAUUCUUUGAUGGAGAUGCGAGCGACUUUUUGAGCGUUCUUUGACGCAGCGAUGGCGUCUGAUCUUCCUUUUCAUCAGUGCACACAGUGCACACAGUGUUCCCAAGUCAAUAUCUUCUCUUCUCGUAUUUCGGAACCUGCUACGCUAUCGCCUAACGAAAAAAGCCCUACCUUUGGACGUGAAGAGCAAUUGAGACUCGAUGUUCGCAAGAGGAACUCUUUCAUCGGACGUCAUUUCGGACCUAAGCGACCUCAAGCGACUGAGGAUGAUGGAAAGAUUGGGCCACUUGGUCUACGGCCUGUGUUCUGUGCACCGGAAUCUCUCAUAGACAUCGUGUUUGUGCACGGCCUACGUGGUGGUUCGAUGAAGACAUGGCGUUUAGAAGAAGAUCAACAAUUCUUUUGGCCUCAGUAUUGGCUACCAAAGGAGCCUGAACUUGUCAACGCUUCUAUCCACACCUUUGGUUACGAUAGUGAUUGGGGGAGCACAAAGCCGAGUAUUCUCAACGUGCACGAUUUUGGGCAAUCGCUGUACGAGGAGCUUCGCACGUCGCCCUCGCUACGGCAUAAACCAAGGACAAGUCCAAUCAUCCUGGUUGGGCAUUCUAUGGGUGGACUUGUCAUCAAGAAAGCGUACAUUCUUGCCCAACAAGACCGGGCCCAUCCAGAAUUAUCUGAGCGAAUCCGUAGCAUCUUUUUUCUCGCAACGCCCCAUCGAGGUUCUGAUUACGCCGCGUUAUUGAACGGUAUAUUGAAGUACUGUGGAAUGACUGGUCUGACCUCGUCGAGAGAAUACAUUAGAGACAUCACGACAGGAUCAACCUCAACUCAACUCAUCAACAACGACUUUGCAAGAUAUGUGGAGGAUUUGACCAUAUACUCGUUUUGCGAGACAUUGCCAACAAUCAAGGGUUCAUCAGGCUUGAUCGUUGACAAAACUUCAGCAACUCUAGGGCUCAACCCCAGAAACGAGCACGUCCAAUAUCUACAUGCCAAUCAUCGUGAUAUUUGUAAGUUCCGCAGCAAGAACGACUCGAACUACAUAAUCAUAAAGAAUGCCCUUGCUGUGGCGGUGGAGGAUUCAAUCAGAAACGUAAUCCCCAUAAUAAACGACAAAGUGUCAAAAGACCCAAUGGGUGAGAUUCAAGACCUAUUGCGCGUUACAUACAUUUCAGAGGAACAUCAUGACAAGCUCGAAGGAUCGUGCCAGUGGAUCGAAGAUAGGGAUGAUUUUCGAACAUGGAUUGGGAUGGAGAGCAGAGACGUUAGCUCACGACUUUAUCGUCCGUCCAUCUUUUGGGUACAGGCCAACCCCGGUGCUGGGAAAACAGUACUUGCAGCACAUGUCAUCUCACAACUUGAACACUCCCGACUGGCCUAUGCAUCAUACUUUUUCCACCUCGGGGAGAAAUCAGCCCAGUCGCUGGCAGGCUUGUUGAAGUCACUUGCUUUCCAAAUGGCGAACACUAAUGCAACGAUACGGACAAAACUCGCUCAAAUCCACGCGAUUGGGGCUUCGUUCGAUCAAGAUGAUGCGCGUGCAAUCUGGACGAGGAUCUUUAUGGGAGGGCUCUUUCAAGUAUCUAUGUCUACACCUCAAUAUUGGGUCAUUGACGCCAUCGACGAAUGUAUCGACUACUUCGAACUCUUCACAUUUCUGAAAGCACAGAAAUCUCGCUUUCCUAUCCGCAUAUUCAUGACUAGUCGUAAAUUGCCCGAUAUGUCUCGAUUGACUCGCCUGUUGGAAGGUUGUGACACUGCAGUCAUCCAAAUACCUAUUAAUGACACUAUGAAGGACAUCGAACUCUAUAUCCGCAACAGGAUCGCGGACCUUCCCAUUGACGAAGAAGAAGAACGUCAAGAACUCGCACGACAGAUACUGGCCAAAGCGGACACUUCUUUCCUUUGGGUCCGAUUAGUCUUGGACGAGCUUGAGGGCGUGUAUGGAUAUGAUAGCAUCAUGCAAGUUCUUCAAGAAAUUCCGGCGGGCAUGUUCUCGUACUAUGAACGAGCAGUUACGGAAAUGAGUGGGAAGAAAAGAGAGCUUCACAUUGCUAAGGCAAUCCUGCUAUGGGUAAUGCUGACUACACGACCGCUAUCUGUCUCGGAACUAUCUCACGCACUGCAGCUGGAUAUCAACGUCCAUCUUCCCAGUGCCAAAUCUGCCAUAGAAGGCCUCUGCGGGCAACUUGUUUCUGUCGACGUACACACUGGUGUAGUACAACCAAUUCAUGCUACAGCAAGGGAGUUCGUCCUAUCCGAAGAGGCAGGAGAGUUCCGAAUCUCGAAGGUACAGGGCCAUGAAAGGAUAGCACUAACGUGCCUCCGGCUUCUUGUUGGCCCGGAGAUGCAGCCACCCCGACACAGGCACUUACUUGCUCAAAAGCGAGCCACACGAUCAAUAUCCGGAUUUGCAGACUAUGCUAUCACGCAAUUCUCAGAGCAUGUAUUCAGCGCCUCGACUGAAAGUGAUCAACUUUUUCCAGUAAUCGAUAGAUUUUUCAGAACGACAGUUCUCACAUGGAUUGAGAAGGUCAUGGAUAAGAAAGAAGCUCAUGGCUUGACUCGAACGGCAAGGAACCUCCAAGCAUAUCUAGCCCGGCGAGCAAUAUACCAUUCGUCGGUGAACUGCCAUGUCAGUAAUAUUGAGACAUGGACUAUUGAUCUCAGUCGCGUAGAGUCUAGCUUCGGUCGGGCUAUGAUUAGUAGCCCACAGUCAGUGUACUUCCUUGUCCCACCGCUUUGUCCGACACAAUCUGCUGUGUUUCGACAAUUCGGUCAACCCCACGAUAGCCUGGUUUUAUCCGGGUACCGUCCGUCUGAUUGGAGCGAUUGUGUUGCAAGUAUUCAGUUCGAGGAUGAAAUAGCCGCCGCCAUUGGAUGUGGUACUAGCCAUAUCGCCAUAGGUACGGAAUCCGGCAAACUCGAUAUGUACAGUUCACGGACUUUCCAGAAAGAACAAACUAUUCAUUCCGAGUUCCCGGUGGAGCUAAUACGGGUUGAUCCCUUUGGAUGUUUCAUAGCGACAUGCAGUCGAAAGUUCGUGCAAGUAUGGAACGUCGACAACACCUUGCGUUGGAAGACACGCAUCAGAAGCCGCUGUAUACUGCUUUCAUCUUCACAAGAUAUGCUGAUAGGGGUCACACACGAAGGUCGCUCCUUCCAGUGGAAUAUCGACACUGGUGAACUUGUACAGGAGCAAUUGCAUAUCUACCAAGCUCCGGAUUCGGAUACUCUUUCUCAGAAAAGCAUUGGAAAAGCACCUUUGUAUGCGUCCCUUUCGCCUGGGUUUGAGCUGCUUGCCUUAGCAUAUCGUGAUAGUCCUGUUUGUAUCUUCGAAUUCGGCAGCGGCAGCUUGAUUGGAUGGGCAGUCGAUGAUCGUAAUCGCGCUCCUGAACAUCUCUUUUUCAACCCCAAUCCAGACGUAGGUUGUCUGUUGGUCACAUAUAACGAAUCACAUCUCUCCCUUUACGACUCCUGGUCUGGAACCUUAGUAGAGAGUGCAGAAGCCGAAGAACACGCCAUCUUAACUUCGGUCACCUCCUCGCCGGAUGGUCGUACUUUUGCCACCAUGGAUAUUCUUGGUCACUUACGAAUAUGGGAUUUCGAGUCGCUCACGUUGCUUUACCACGUUCUUACUCCCAGUCGCUCUUUUAGUCUACUGCAUUAUACCUCCGAUGGUCUUGGUCUCGUUGAUGUGAGUGAUCACGAGAUGAAGAUCUGGGCCCCAUCAGCUUUAAUAAGAAAGACAGUCGAAGAAGAGACCGGCUCAAGUGAUCAGAAGCUCGUCCUGGCUGUGACUGAGGGUAAUUUCGAAAAGUUCCAGACAUCGAAGAUUAACACGCUAAUUGCACAUCCAUCGAGGUCAAUGCUAUUUGCUGGAAACUACAAUGGAGAUGUUGAGGUGUAUCGGACCAACAACAAUUAUGAACCGUCCCUCCUUUACUCUCAUAAAGGUGUCAUUGUCCAAUGCCUUGCCGCAAACAACCAUGAUCUUAUCGCCUCGGCUGACUUGCAUGCCAAUGUGCAAGUUUGGCGGUUCGAUGUAUCGCAAACUAAAUAUAUAGAGCUCAAGGAUGUAGUGCUUCAGGCACACUUCUCUGCGCCAGUUUCUCAACUGUUGUUCGACGCUUCCGGGAAAUACCUAAUAAUCUCGACUAACGAAUCUGAUCAUGUAUACUCUAUGGAACACGGAAGCCAUGUUGGAUCGAUGGAUUCUCCAAUACGCGACCAAUCGGCCUGGAAGUGGUUCAUCGUACCAGAGCGGGAGUAUAAUGAGCACUUUCUGCUCAUAGCAGACCACACCAUAACAGCAUAUUCUGCAAAGGACUUUCCUCUUAUCUCAAGAGAGAUCUGCAGAGUUUCAGAUGAAUCCAUGGGAAAGAAAAUUGACUCUGUUACACAUAUACCAGAUACCCUAAGCAUAGUCGUCGAGACACCGCGUUCCCAAGCACACGCAUUGACUUCCAUCUUCGCACUGCCGCCCUGGAGCUCUCUGGUACAUGAAUCUGCAACAGUAUCGACUAGCAUGUUUCCCUCAGAACUAUGUGCUCAGUUCCUAGGCGUCAAUCAGGCCAGCAAGCGAAUGGUGCUCCUGCGUCCGGAUUUAUGGGUGUGUUCUGUCGAUCUCAAGGACCUCGAGGCACGACAGUAUGUGCAGCACUUCUUUGUUCCAGAAGAGUAUGGUUCCCUACACAGCAGUGUACAUCCUAUACAAACGGUCGACGGCGACUUUGCUUUCUGUCUGUAUGAUAAGGUCGUUGUGGUGAAGAACGGGUUGAAGUUUCAAACACUGAGAGCCCUGGAAUAGCAGGUAGAUAAAUUACAUCAAUAAGCCAUGAUAACACUACCUAUCGACCUGGGUCCUUCUCACCAUGUUUGACUGGAAGCGUUCAUUCUGCACCGAACCCAUGAAGAUAGAACUUUGACCGAAAGCGACGCAACAGAGAUGAAAUGCGAGGGAAUCAACUACAC